CCCUUUAAGCGACACGAUGGCCAAUCACAGGAGGGCAGAGCAAUAUUGUAUCCGGGGAGAACCGGAAACACUUAGAAAGGUCAGACGAGUGACAGUGUGAAUGGUGUUGAACGCCGCGUAACUAGUGUAGAGGUGGCGCCGACUAGAGACCAGCGUGUUUUGUCCUAAAAUGCUUUCCGUACAGGAGUGAAUGAAGUGAUCGUUUUGUGAGGGCGCAACGCUAAAGUAACACGAUGGUUCUGCGGAGACUUCUCUUCACUCUGCUCAACAACCCGCGGCUGAUCGAAAAACUGUCCGAGUCCCGGCCCAUACGCAGAGCCGCGCAGAUCACCGCCUUCGCCGUCAUCAAGGCUCAACUGAGAGGCAAAGACGCGGCCCAGCGACUCCUACGCUCCGACACUGUGCGACAGAUGCGCCAGGAGGCGAGCAGGCCCGGCACAAGCAGGGACGUGUGGGAGUUGGGCCGCAAGCUGGAGAAGAUUAAGGACACAUUCUUCAGGGAGUUACGGACAGGGAUGCAGGAUGCCAAGAAACAGAUCAAAAGAGGAGACGGAAAAUGACGAGUAUGGGCUGCGUAUCGUGUGGCUUGUCCUGCUGCUCAACUACAACUCUCACUGCACCAGGCGGCCUUUACUUAUGGAGGCAACGGGUUAACUUGACCUACAUUCUCACUAGGACAAGUCCAGACCCUCUUACCUCACACACACAGUGACCCCAUUCACUAGCGCUAGUCUAUUGCCACCUGCCUAGUUACCCAUAGCAACAAACAGGUGCAGAUUUGCCCAGGGAUGAGAAAUGAGCCAGAAUUAUGUUUUUCUUUUUAUUAUUCACGUGGGAGAAAUAUACCUUUAAUAUGACCUGUCUGGGCUGCUGAUGCCAAAUAAUGUUCAAGUAUAACUGGCGGGUGCCUUUUAGAGACUAUAGCAAAAUAAACAAAUACAUUUGUGGUUAAAA